UGUGAAGGGAAUGUGUAUUUACCUGUAGUUAGGUUUUGUCAUGAAUAAACAAACAGAAAAGUGGAUGUAAACAGUGCAUAUUUAUCCAGACCACCUGAGCCCCCCUCUGCAGCUGCACGCUCAGUGACCAGGAUCGGAGGAUCUGCGCAUGCUCGAGGCAACUUAACGUGAAUGCUGCUUCACGUCUCAAGACAUCUCCCGUCCAGUGAACACCAUGGGCAGGUAAUAAAAAGACAGUUUUUAUCUGCUGUGUGGAGGACAGACGGUUAGGAAUACCUCAGAGCGUAUCUCCUCUCUUCCCACGUGGGCAGUCCAGCAAGUUUCUGACAUCAUGGCUGAAGAAGAGUAUGGCAGCUUUGUGGACUGGAACCAGAUGGGGGACCUGGCCAAGAGCAGCGGGCCCACCAAAGUAGACUGUAAAGACCUGAAAGAGUUCAAACAGAUGGCUCGACAAGGUUACUGGGCCAAGAAUCACAAACUACGGGCACAAGUCUACCAGCAGCUCAUCAAAGCCAUUCCCUGUCGCACAGUUACACCAGACGCAGAAGUAUAUCGUGACAUAAUGGGAAAUGCAGCCACCAAGAAGCCCUCCUCCAACAUACCACUACCAGAGUUUGUGGAUGGAAGUCCUGUGCCACGGUACUGCCUUAAGACGGAGGCAGUAGCUUCAGCCCAUCAGAUCAUCAACUGUGUGGCUGGACAGUUUCCAGAUAUCUCCCACUGCCCAGCACUUCCGGCUGUUACGUCAUUGCUCCUGCACUUCAGCGUAGACGAAGCUCAAUGCUUUGAGCAUGUCAGCCGCAUAUUGGCUUGCAACGAGCCAGGCAAACGACUGCUAGACCAGACUUUUCUGGCCUAUGAGUCCAGCUGCAUGACUUUUGGUGACCUGGCCAACAAGUACUGCCCGGCUGCUCACAAACUGAUCGUGGCCACAGCCCAAGAUGUGCUCGAGGUCUACUCAGACUGGCAGCGCUGGGUGCUCGGUGACCUGCCGUUUAGCCAUAUGGUCAGGGUUCUGGAUGUCUACCUAGUAGAGGGCUACAAGAUUCUCUACCGUGUAGCUAUAGCCUUGCUCAAGUUCUAUCGCAAGCAUAAAGCAGGGAGCCAAGGGGGCCAAGGGAGCCAGCAACAACAGGAUUCAAGCAAGAUCAAGGCGGAUAUUCAGGCAUUUGUCAAAGGAAUUGCCUCCACAGUCUCACCUGACAAGUUGCUCGAGAAGGCGUUCUCCCUCCGUCUGUUUAGCCGAAAGGAGAUCACCCUGCUGCAGCUCACAAACGAAAAGUCCCUGCAGCAGAAAGGAAUCACUGUCAAACAGAAGCGUUCUAGGCGGAACGUGCAGCUGGCACUUAAUCCUGACACAUUCUCCUCUGAGAUUGUCAGUGCCAAAGAGAUGCGAGACAUCUGGUCGUGGAUCCCCGAGCGCUUUGCCCUGUGCCAACCUCAGCUCCUUUUCACCACCUCCACCCAUGGUUGCAGCUUGAACAGAUUCUACCAACAUUGUGAAGGCUAUGAACCCACACUGCUCCUUAUCCGGACCACAGAUGGCGAUGUAUGUGGAGCCUUUCUGUCCACAGACUGGGAGGAGCGGAAGAGAGGCGGCAACAAAUUGAGCUUCUUUGGCACAGGGGAGUGUUUUGUCUUCAGGCUGAAGCCAGAGAUUGAGCGCUACGAGUGGGUGGUGAUCCGCCACCCGGAGUUGGCAUCCUCUAUCAAGACUCAGGGUCAGGAGGACACAGCGUCGUCCGAGGACCAAAACACAGACAACAACAGCUUACAGCAGCCAGAGAAACCUGCUGGAGAUUUGUCACCGUUUCUCUCCGCCCGCCACUUCAACCUCAACUCCAGGAAUACUUCCAUGUUCAUGGCUGGAAACUUUGACUCCAUCAUUGUGGGGGGAGGUGACGGCAACGCGCUCUACAUCGACGCUGAGCUGAACCAUGGACGCACGGGCAGGUGUGCCACCUUUGACAACCCGCCCCUGUGUGCAGAGACCUUCCAGGUGUCACUGCUGGAAACGUGGGGCUUCCAGGAUGCUAUGGCCUCAUAAUGCUGUACACAGAAACACACACUGCACAUAUUUACAAGCACAUCCAUACAUCAUACAGACAUGUAGGCAAAUUAGGCACACACAUUUUAACAUACAGCACUUUCCCACUUACACUGAACACAUUAAAACAUAAACUCAUGUCAUAUGUGUGAAACAAAGUCUUAAAAUGUCGAACAAAGUGUAUUAGAUGGAAAACACAGACAUGCAAACAGAACUAUAUCCGUCCUCCAAAUUCAGUUAUGAUUUGCUAUUUUUUUAUUUAUUAAUGCAGUUUAUUCUAAUUUCAGCAUAUGAACAAAAAUGAGAUUUUCUUUUGAUUGUUGUCGGUUUAUUUUUGUAUUUACAGAUAUAUAUGAUGGUGUACUAAUUGUGUGGAAGUGGAAAUGGAUCAACUGUGUUCGUGUGGAGCUAAAGCUAAAAUUUGGAUUUGUAAAUGUAAAUUCAGUAUUUUAUGUUCUCUGAUUUAUCUCACUCUGCCAAAUUCAAUGUAUAUGUAGCUCUGCAGUCACUAAGAAACGUAAUUUGCCUUGUCAUGUUGAUAAACUGAGGGUUACAGCAUGUGCAAAGUCAAUUCUUUAACUCGUGGUGAAUGUUGAAAGUAGUAAAGUUGUACCAGGUCAGCAACAACCUAAGCAGUCUUGUCAUAUUUUCCCACACUUUUUGAUUUCUUGUACAUAGGUGGGAGAGCUAAUGAAUUCAUGGAAUAAGUGUUUGUGAAUAAGUAGUGAUUUUGCCAUUUUGCACUGUAUGUCAAAGCUUCCUUUUUGAAUCUGUGACCGUUGCUCUUUUGUAUAGUAUCUGAGUAUUCGUGUGGAAAAGAGGUACAAACAUUUUAAAAGGUAAAGGUUGUUUUAUGUUUACAAGUAAUGGAGUUCAAUGCAGUUUGUGCAACGUUUUUCUCUUCUUUCCCAUUUCCCUGUUCCUUCCGUCCUUUGCAGUUUGAAGAUAGUAACCAAAAAAAAAAGUCCAGAAUGGUUUCCUGUUGGGGUUACGCAUCUUGUCUGUGUGUUCUGUUGCUCCAGUGAAGUGUCAUUUGAGUAACUGCAAAUGUAAUGUACAUGUGAAAAUACAGCAUUAUGCUUUCAGUA